AUGGACGCCAAUAUCGACCCCAUUCUUCAAGCUAUUCCCGGCACAGCAGCCCCUCCCACCUUGACGCAGGCGUCAACUAGACCAACAUCAACUCUGGAAGCUCCGCCUAGCCACGCUAUCCCUCUAGCGAUGGGCCCAACCACAUCCCCGCCGGCCGGGCCCAACUACAUCCUCCCACCACUGCCUACUUUCCCAGCUCUCCGAAACAACCCCAGUCCUCCAGCCAAACACGUUGUGCCUGCCCCCAUAACCAUGCCCAGUCCAACGCAUACCCUCCCGCCACUUCCCGCCUCGCAGGCGCCGAAUCCUCCUCAGGUGCCUCCCACUCUUUCACCGAUGACUCGCCCUUUCCCCGCCUUGACAAUCUCGACUGCACUCCCUGUCACCCCUUUCGUGCUUACCAUGAAAGAUGGAAAGAUCGCUGGUGAAGCUGUAUAUCGCGAAUGCAUCGAGAUUCGGAAGCAGAUCGCUGUCCUCGAGCAGUACAACCAAGCGUUAGUGGAUCGAACGGCGUGGCUCCAGGCAGAGCAUUCCUCGUUGACGGGUGCGCAUGCUGCACUCAGGGCCGAAUUUGAUGCACUCUCGAAGGCGGUUGAGGAGCUGAAGGUAUCGACCUCGACAAUCGUGGAAUCGGCCAGCAGCAGCUCCUCGGCGACGAUAUUCGACGUGCUGUGCGAUGGCGACGGUCAUGUCAAUGAUGCGAUUGCGAAAUUGGAGGAGGACGUGGUAGACGAGCUCACUGCAUCCGAUUUCCAAAAGAGCACUUACUGCCAUCUGCUUGUCAACGAAGCUGUCAAGGCAGUCCUUGGCAUCAGUGUCCUCAAUAAGAGGGACCUCUUCCCCGUCGUCCCUAACCCCGACCUUCCAGACGAAGACAUUCUAAGCCGUCCGUUGAUCAAAGGCACCACCAUCCACAUUCAACGGUACCUUUGGGAAUUCUCUGAAACCAAUCCACACAACGAGAAAGUCAUCGGCAUCCUAGCAGACUAUGUAAUGGCGCACGUGGAAGGUCUCUUUCAAAUCCAAGAUGGCGCGCAUGCGGGGUAUAUGGCGAGGUAA